AUGCUUUCAUGUGCUGGAGCUGAUAGACUCCAGACUGGGAUGCGUGGGGCUUUUGGUAAGCCUCAGGGAACAUGUGCUCGGGUGGCUAUCGGUCAGGUCCUUCUCUCUGUCCGGUGCAAAGAUGCUAACAGUCACCAUGCCCAAGAAGCUUUGCGCCGUGCAAAGUUCAAGUUCCCUGGUCGUCAGAAGAUCAUUGUCAGCAGGAAGUGUCGAACUGACUACAUGAAGUGGAGAUCUGAAAACCGCAUUAUGCCAGAUGGUGUCAAUGCUAAGCUCCUAGGAUGCCAUGGACCUUUGGCCAAGCGUCAACCUGGGAGAGCAUUUUUACCUGCUACUGCAUAA